AUGUCUUCCUCCAACAUCAACCGCAGCAACGGUGGCUCGGCUUCGGAGACCGACACACCCAACACCUUCGCUGUUGAAAGCUUCUUCUCAGACGCCUUCGACACAACCGGCGAGGCGGCUGCACGCGAGAGAGUGCUCUACCCGGAUCCGGCAGAGGCUCUCGAGCCUCUCGUCGACUUGACUUUGUCGGACGACGAUGAACCUGAAGCGGUACCUCGUGAGGCAGAAGCACAGCCGGAAGAGCCUGUUGCAUUUCAAGGAGAAGCCAAAGAAAUCAUUGAGAUUUCCGAUGACGACAGCGACAGCGACAGCGACAUUGUUGUGGCCUCUCCUCGAUACGACAGUAUGGCUACACGGGCUGCGAACGGCGAGCCAGUUCGUAAGAGGCAGAAGUUGGCGGACUACGUCAACACCUCCGCUCACGAUGACGGGCGUCCAUCUCAGCCAGUCGCCGCAGGGGGCCCGGCAUCCGCGUCAAAGGCACCAGCACUACAGCAAGCCGUGCAAGCCCUCCCGCAAGCUGCGAUACCUGCCCCUCUUGCUCCUGCGCCACUUCUACCUCCUCCCGCUGCUCAGGCUGCGGCUGUCCCUACUCUCGCCACUGCACAACCAGGCCAAAGCUCAAUAAGGCUGGUCUGGAAUUACAAGAACAAAUAUAUUCUUGACUUGAUCAUGGACAAGACCAGAUCGAUUCCUUCAACCUCUGCGAACAAGGAAAGGCUAUUCAACGCCAUGAUCCAGCCGCAGCUCGAUCGCCUCGGAUACCAAGGAGUAUACGAGUACAAGAAGAUGGGCGCCCAAUUUCAACAGAAGAACAGGGUUGGUAGAUCUGGACAUCCGACUUGGACUGAUCCUGAUUGGGACAGGAUCAAGGCAGACCGAGGUGAUGCCCGCGACAAGAUUUGGCGAGGAGCGGUCGCCGCUUCUAUACAUGCUGAGGCGAGGCAGCUGGGCAUUGCCAUGGUCCGUAAUUGA